CUUGCCAGGGGAAGGGCGGAGGAUGUCGCUUCUGCUUAAAGAUGGCGGCGGCGAGGAGGAGUCUCCUGCAGAGUGAGCAGCUACCAAGCUGGACAGAUGACUUGCCCCUCUGCCAGCUCUCCGGUGUAGGUUCAGCCCCUAACCGUUCCUACAGUGCAGACGGAAAGGGGACAGAAGCCCACCCCUUAGAGGAUAACUGGUUGAAAUUCAGGAGUGAGAACAACUGUUACCUUUACGGAGUCUUCAAUGGUUACGAUGGCAACCGGAUCACUAACUUUGUGGGAGAGAGGCUCUCGGCAGAGCUUCUGUUGGGCCAGCUGAAUGCGGACCAUGACGAUGCAGAUGUACGCAGAGUCCUGCUGCAGGCUUUUGACGUGGUGGAAAGAAGUUUCUUGGAGUCCAUUGAUGAUGCAUUGGCAGAGAAAGCCAGCCUACAGUCCCAACUGCCAGAGGGGGUCCCCCAUCACCAGCUGCCUUCUCAGUACCAGAAAAUCUUGGAGCGGUUAAAGGCAGUAGAAAAGGAGAUCUCCGGGGGAGCCAUGGCCAUUGUGGCAGCCAUUCUUAACAACAAGCUCUACAUCGCCAAUGUAGGAACAAACCGUGCGCUCUUGUGCAAAUCUACCGUAGAUGGGUUGCAAGUGACACAGCUCAACAUGGAUCACACCACAGAGAACGAGGAUGAACUGUUCCGCUUUUCCCAGCUGGGUUUGGACGCCGCAAAAAUAAAGCAAGUAGGAAACAUAUGUGGGCAGGAGAGCACCCGGCGCAUUGGGGAUUACAAGGUCAAAUAUGGCUACAGCGAUAUUGAACUUCUGAGUGCUGCAAAAUCUAAGCCGAUCAUCGCCGAGCCUGAGAUCCAUGGAGGGCACCCACUAGAUGGAGUCACAGGCUUUCUGGUUCUGAUGUCAGAAGGGCUCUACAAAGCGCUGGAAGCCGCUCACGGGCCCGGCCAAGCCAACCAAGAGAUUGCAGCCAUGAUAGCCACAGAGUUUGCCAAGCAAACCUCACUGGAUUCUGUGGCUCAAGCAGUUGUGGAUCGAGUGAAGCGCAUUCACUGUGACACGUAUGCCAGUGGUGGUGAAAGGUCCAAGUUCUGCUCUCGGCAUGAGGACAUGACACUUCUAGUGAGGAAUUUCGGGUACCCGCUGGGCGAGAUGAGCCAACCCACACUGACCCCGACGCAAGGUGGCCGGGUGUAUCCCGUCUCCGUGCCAUACUCCAAUACCCAGAGCACAAGCAAGACCAGCGUAACGUUAUCCCUCGUCAUGCCUUCCCAAGGUCAGAUGGUCAACGGUGCCCACAGUAGCUCUACGCUGGAUGAAGCCACACCCACCCUCACUAAUCAAAGCCCAACAGUGACCCUCCAGUCUACCAACACUCACACCCAGAGUAGCAGCUCAAGCUCAGACGGGGGGCUAUUCCGUUCCCGCCCGUCUCACUCGCUCCAGCCGGAUGAAGAUGGGCGCGUUGAGCCUUACGUGGACUUUGCAGAGUUCUACCGCCUCUGGAACAUGGACCACAGUGAGCAGGGGGCACUGUCUGUGUCAUAAUGCAUGGAGAUCAACCCCCACAAACUCUGAUCAGGUGGGGAUAUGGAUCCAGGGGAGGCAGGAACAGUUCAUCCCCUGGCUGGCCCCGUUCUGCCAUAAAACAUGGCCCUGUUUGGGGGGGACAAGACUAAUGUUGGGACAGGUUACUGAUACGAUUUUUCUCAUCACUUCGUUGGGGGUGUUACCCUGUUCUAAUUGCCCCUUUCACUGUGAAACUUUGUGGGCAUCAGAGAGGGCUGUGGACCCUUCUUGCAGCUUUAAUAUUCCAGAUAGUCUGCAAUCAGGGCUCUGUUGUGGAGAAGACAGGAAGUGUCUGUCAAGUGGGUACAUUCUCUGGGUAUAUAUAUGCUGCUGUUCCAAGUUUUAGGGCUGGAAAUACUGCUUCACGAUACGGAUGGGUUUACUCCACAAAAUAUACCUCUGUUUUGCAGAAUAAAUGGUAACUUAUAGCUA